UGCCAAAGCCUCACAAGACCUAUCUGUGCGAAGUUUACAGGGAAAAGGCCAUAAUCGUAGCCAAGUUUUGAAUGUUUGGUUGUUGUUUGCCGUGUGGUGGCAUACGAGUUGAUCAUACCUAGGGAUAAGAUUUAAACUUGGUAAAGUACGAUUAAUAUUGACUGGUAUUUUGUAUUUCGUUUAAUAUGGAGUGGGUAAAUCCUUCUGCGCUUAUAAAGAAAGAUGUGACUAGGAGAAUGGGAGCGGGUUGACCAUCUUGAUAUUAAUUUACUAAGAUUAUUCCGAUAAGGAGAUCAUCGAAAACUGUGGGAUGCGUUAUGUGUAGCAACGUUCCAUUUUCAUCCGUGUAGAAGCUGCUACUGUGUGGAAUUAAGAUUGAUUUUCAACGGUGAAGGUGAAGGGCACAGAGCACAUCCAGAUUGUAAAAUGGCUGCCCUUUCUACAGAGUCUGUUAAAAUAGAAGCAAUGGAAGAGCGUCAGGAAAUGUUAACAAUGAAGAAAAUACUACACGAAGAAUAUGUUCGUUGGUCAGAAGCCAACAGUGGUCAUAUAAAACUUGUUUCUCAAAUUGUUAAUGAUGGACAAAUCUGCUUAGAAUUCUCCGUUGGUAAUAGUGGGACAUUUACCUUGGUUUGUCCAUCAGACUAUCCUAAUCAUGAAGACAGUUUUUUCAUUGAGAGAUCAACACUCCAUGGUACAUGGUGUGUUGCUCUUAAUGAAUAUAUAGUUGAUUCUGACUGCUGUCCAUCUCUGAAGACUGUAUUGGACAAGGCACUUAGACUGUAUCUCAAAGAUGAACAGAGUAGUAUGUGUAGUAGUUCUGAUGACUCUGCAGAAGAUGAUGAGAUACCUAUGGAAGAAGAUGAAAGCUAUGAUGCAGAUAUCAUUAUUGAAGAGAAGAAGAAACGAUGGCGAAAAAAAGAAGCAUCUUUAAGAGCUGUCGACAAUAAUCCAAAAGCAUCUGACAUGUUUCAAAACACUUCUAAGGAUCAUCCUGAACAAGUCUUCAGCAGCUCUGCAGCAUCAGGAAUCCUGACAAAUGAUUUGGUUAACAUUAUGAUGUCAGCAAAACGCAGUGGCAUAGCAGCAGAACCAGUUGAUGACAAUAUAUAUCAGUGGUAUGUUUAUCUGUCAUCAUUCACUCCUGGAGGCCCUUUGGCUCAAGAUUUGAAUCAGGUUAAGGAGCAUUUUGGAUAUAAGUACAUACAGCUGCAGCUUGAUUUUACAAUGGAUCUCUAUCCAUUUUAUCCACCAGUUGUUAAAGUUAUAAGACCUCGUCUUGUGGGCUCCACCAUAAACUCUGUUGCAACAUUGGAUCUGCUGAAAUUGUCCAACUGGAAUCCAGCCCGGGAUAUGAAAUCAGUUUUGGAAGAAAUCAAGGACUAUCUUGAUAAGAACAGCAGACUCAAUAUUAAAACAAAACGAAAUGACAGACUUAGGUUCCCUCAGGGAGCUUAUUUAGACAUUGAAAAUCAUUUAAUGCGCCUAACAUUUGUAAGUGAAGUUCCAUUAUCUAAUACAAAGGCUGCUGAUAAUUCUGGUUGGACUGCAAAAGUUCCAUGUACUAGUGAAAGUGAAAUUCCAGUUGUUGCAGGAAAGAAGAAAGAUUACAAAAAGACGUGGUUUCCACGUGGUACUGGAUACAGUUCAUCUACACAGUCCGGUUGGGAUGUGAAAGCAUACCUUGCAGCUCAAAAGGAAAAGGAUCAUCAGAUUGAACUAGUUCUCAGAGGAAUUCUACGUGAGAUUGAAAAAGUUUGUGGGAUAUCGAAAGGUAGAUCUUCAUUCCUAGUGUACAACAGUGUUUCAUUUCCAACAUCUAGUUCAUUUGCAAAGUUUGAGACUUCAAGCACAGAAGUUGGAGGUUCUAGUGCAGCUGUUGGAAGUGCAAUUGCGAAUAAUGAAACACCGUGCGGAGAUAUUGAAAUGCCUUUAGAGAAUUUGAGUGAGAGUGAAAAUGUUGAAUUAUCAGAAGUCUCGUCAGAUGACGAAAAGUGGGCUAUUGAUGGUGUUGAAGAGCUGUGCAGUGUCUUGGCUGAUUCUAGUUUGCUACCAUUUUUGGAAUCCAAAUUAAAAGUAACAUCAUUUCUUGAUAUCUGUCAACAUACUUCAGUCUAUCAGCGUGUUGUUGACAUUAUAAACACUAUUGCCACGCAGCCCAAGUUGGUUCCACUCUUAUGGCAUUUACCUGGCCGGGCUAAUUCCAUGUAUGAUUUGAUCAGCCAGCUAGAGAAGGAAGCAGAAUCAAUUGUGUCAAAACUGAAAAAAACUGCUGAGAAUGGAACUGCAGGGAAUCUAAAAAAGUUUGAGAGAGGAAGGGGAAGGAAAUGUACACUGUUUAAUGAGUGGGCAGGUCACGAUUUGUCUCUUGGCAUGUAUGAGCCACAAUUAUCGGGGAGAACAGAUUCUGAUGAUGAAAUAUUUUCAGAAAGUAAAAAACCCAUCAAUGAGCACACUUUCGCUAAUGAAUUUUGUCGCAUGAGCCAAGCUGUUAAAGAAGCGCUUCAGAAUUGUGGGCUACUAGACAAAUCAGCAUCAACCAGUGAAGAGGGUGAAACUUCAGAAGGAAGACGUAUUGGUAUAAACACCCUUGAUGUUGCACGGGCAUACAAGGAUGCCUUGAAAGACCUGCAGUUUCUUAGUUGUGACAUUGACGUGGAAGGUCCAAGAGCACAUUUGUUCAGCAGCCAAUUUAAAAAGGCUCUGCCUCCAUCCUCACAGCAAGUGAUGAGAAUUGCUCAAGAAGUGGGUGCUUUAUCAACAUCUCUACCCCUUGAUAUAGGGUCAGCUAUUUUUGUUCGCACUGAUGAUGCAAGGUUCACUAUGCUGAAAGCACUGAUAACAGGUCCGGAGGGUACACCUUACAGUGGUGGCUGCUUUAUAUUUGACAUAUUCCUGCCUAUGCAGUAUCCUCAUGUUCCACCAAUGGUGAAGUUAUGUACCACAGGAGGUGGUACUGUACGCUUCAAUCCAAAUCUUUAUGCUUGUGGUCGUGUGUGUUUAUCACUGCUUGGCACUUGGCAUGGCUUACAAGGAGAAGCAUGGCUUCCAACAUCAACAUUGCUUCAGGUGUUAGUUUCUAUCCAAAGUCUUAUCCUUGUCCCAGAACCAUUUUUCAAUGAACCUGGAUUUGAAAGUAUGAUAAACACACCUAAAGGUAAAACUGAGAGUGCAAAUUAUAAUUAUGGUUUAAUGGUCAACACAAUCAAGUAUGCAAUGCUGGAACAGAUAAGACAUCCUGCACAUGGUUUUGAAGAGGUGAUACGUAGGCACUUCAUUCUAAAAAAGAACAGGAUAUUGAAGGAACUGAAGGAGUAUAUAAGGAAACAACGCAGUGGAAAAGAGAUUACUGAAGCAUAUUGUCUGCUAAAGAAAGAACUUGAAAAACUGAUUCGUUCAGCAAAGUCGUCAGAAUAAAGGUUCUCUUCUGGAAUGUUUGAUGUUCAGAUUUUUGCAUAUAUAAUAAAUCUGUGAUAAGUGAGAGGAAUUUAUUAUUAUCUGCUGAUGUUUCCAGGAGUCACGGCUGUGCAGUGUA